GUCAAGUGUAAAAUGCGCAAUUCACACAAUUUUUAAACAUAAAUAAAGAUUUGUCAAUUGAAUAUAGACGCAGUAUUUCAGAGUCUUGUGUCCAAUCAUGUCGGUGGUGAAGUUUGCAAAGUUGUUAUUUUGUAUUGCACUUUUCUGUAGUGUUCUGUGCGUCAAAGGAGUUGACGAGCCGACAUUUAGAUACGUUACUGCGUACAAUAAAGAAGGGCGGUUGUUAAGAAGCGAAGACAUCGAGAAAACGACUGUAAACGUGCUGAAGCCGAUAAUUUUUAUAAUCAAUGGGGUAGAUAAGCCCGAAGGAAAAUCCGACGCUUGGUAUAAAGACCUCAUGGAAGAAUACUUGUCGAAGCAGGUACAUAAUGUGUUUCUCGUUGACUGGGAGUUCGACUCGAAAUUUUACUCUUCGAAUCAAACUCAAUCAAUAGGAUUUUUCUUGAGCGAGUUUAUCGAAACACUGUUUAAUAAAACCGGUGAAUCAUACUUAGAUAUUCAUUUAGUGGGGGUUUUGGCGGGGUCUCGGGUUGCUGCCGUUGCAGGAAAACGAGUUUUGGAAUUAACUGGAAGAAAAGUAAACAGGAUUACGGCUUUGGAUCCCACUUAUUACUUAAUUAAUGAUGAAAAUACCAAGACAGACAUUCGAGAUGCUAAUUUUGUUGAUGUUGUUUACUCGGAUCUGAGCAAAUUCGCGAAACUGCCUGAAGAAGGCCAUGUGAGAUUUUAUAUAGAUGACAAGAAAUGCAAGGAAGAUUUCGGCAAGCUUAUGCCUGUGAAACUCUUUGCCAAGUCCAUAAAUUCAAACAAGUUUGAAGGUGUCGAGUGUGAGUCUGUUGAAAAUUUCAAAGAAGGAAAGUGCGAUCAAAAUAAGAGCAUUGUUUUUGGAGAAAAUGUUGAUCGCAAUGCCCGGGGAAACUACUUUGUUAAUGCUUGUCAAUAAUUUUCUUCUUGGUUUAAAUAAAUAUUGUAAAAAUAAACAAAA